GAUGGCGUUUCAAUAGAUAUAAACGUUUCCUUCCUUUAAAGUUUGGUGUUCUAUGUUCUUUACCUUCUAUCAACGCGUUGAAGUGAAUAUACUUUUCUUUUCGAGCGUGUACACGUUUCGUGUCGCAAGGCUUAAAGAAUGCGUUACGUGGCCGCUUAUCUGUUAGCUACCCUGGGAGGGAAAGCAUCUCCUAGUCAAAAUGAUAUUGAAAAAAUUUUAUCAUCUGUUGGAAUUGAAGCAGAUACAGAAAAACUUAAGAAAGUCAUCUCAGAACUGAAUGGAAAAUCAGUAGAUGAACUUAUUGCACAAGGCAUGGAAAAAUUAUUAUCCAUGCCAGUUGGUGGUGCUGUAGCUGUUAGUGCAGAUGCUGCACCUGCAGGAGGUGCCGCAGCCCCAGCUGAAGAAAAGAAGGGUAAAUAAAAAACCAGCGAAAGAGGAAUCUGAAUCAGAAGACGACGACAUGGGUUUCGGUCUUUUUGAUUAAAAUGACCAACAAUAAUAUCUGUAUAAUAUUUGUGCAACAUAUGUAUUAUACAGUUUUGAUAACAGCUCUGAAAUGAAAUAAAUUUUGUUUUUAAUUUA